AUGUCAAACGGAUUUCCGAGAUCAUUGCAAUUGCCGAGAGACCGCGAAAUAAAUGUCACGCCGGAAUCCGGCGAACAAGAACAAUAUUAUGAUAAGAGUUACUUUGAUUCCGAAGAAGAGGAAGAAAAUGGUGCAUUACAUAAUGAUUCUAUAAUCGAGAAAUAUAAGAAACCUAGCGAUGACGAGCUUCUGUAUGACCCUGAUUUGGAUGAGAAAGAUGAGAUUUGGAUGCAGAGAAAACUUUCAAGUAAUUAUUUAAUUUGA